AUGAUGGCCAAUGAAAAGGUGGACCUUCGCGAUCGCAUGCACAGAACCUCUGAUGUCGACCACAUCAAAAACUGCGACGGCAAAUUCCACCACAAGACCGAUGACCGUUUUAUCAGUGACAAGCCAGUGGACGGAGUAGCCGAAAAUGGGAUGUAUAUCAUGGGACAUGUUGUCGGGCUAUUCCAGUUGAUCGUUGAUGGAGUUCUUGUCGGCUGGAAACGAAUCACCGGUCAAGCCAACGAAGUGACGGACGCGAAUACGGCCGACGUUCGUGUUAAUGCCGGGACUGAGAAGACGAUCACAGAGCAGUGGAAGGCAUACGUCGGGCCAGCUGUUCUGGUCGCUAUGAUUUUGCUAUUGAUCUCGUUGCUUGCAUAUACGUGGCGUCAG